GAUUUAGAGGGCAAAGGAGGUCCAGGGCCCCAAAUGACAACGGCAGGCAAGCAGGUUGCGGCCCUUUAAAAAUGGAGUGAGUCGGGGGAAUUUCCGCAGGCGCCGCUUCUCCUCAGCCCAAGAUACACCGCGCCUGCCAAUCCCUCCCUUUCCACACGUCUUUUGGGCCCCAAGGUUGGCAUUGUCUCAGUUGUUGAAAAUGUCCGAUGAGGAACCUGAAGAUAACUAUGAUGCUGAAGAACAGAAAGAAGAGGGUGAUGAGAAAGGGGGAGAAGAGGAGGAGGAGAAGGAAGCUGCUGAGGAAGAGGAACAAGAGCAUCCCGUCUCCAACCCCCUCACUGAGGAGCACUUCAAGGAAGGCCUCUCGCUUUUGAGUAAAACUGGCAAUGGCUUGGCUCACGCCUUUGUGAAAUUUGAGGCCAGAGAAAAGGAACUGACAGACAUCACCUUGAUCCAGAGCUUCAUCCACUUACGCUACGUAGACCUGUCGGACAACCUGCUCCGAGAUCUGUCUCCCUUGUCGUGCCUCACACACUUGCUUUGGCUGAAGGUGGAGAACAAUCAACUGACCAGUGCCAGCAUGGAGGAACUGCCGUACCUGCAGAUUGCCAGUUUUGCCAACAACCACAUCAAGGACACCCACGGCAUUAAUCACCCGCGCUUGACCAACCUCAGCUUGAAAGGGAAUGAGAUUGAGGUAAUAUCAGGACUGGAUCCAACCAAGCUAUCAAAUCUGCACACACUUGAGUUGCGGAGUAACAACAUCAAAUCUACAGCAGGACUCUACUUGCCCAAGCUCAAAAGUUUGUACCUGGCUCAGAACGCCAUAACCCAAAUAGAAGGCCUGGAGGCUAUGGCACAACUCACAACCCUGCAUCUCCGGGACAACCUGCUUGAAAAUCUGGAUGGCUUCUCAGAAAGCGUGAAAUCUCUUCAAUAUCUCAACUUACGGGGGAACGCAAUUACGCAGAUCCAGGAAGUGGCUAAGCUUCAGACACUGCCCAUGCUAAGGGCCCUGGUCCUACUGGACAACCCGUGUUCAGAUGAGGGGGAGUACCGGCUGGAGACUCUGGUCCUGCUCCCCCGCCUUGAGCGCCUCGACAAAGAUUUCUUUGAGGACGACGAGCGGGCCGAUGCGGAAGACAUACGGCGGCGGCGGCGGGAAGAAGAACUGGAGCUAGAGAAAGAAAUGCAGCGAGAGAAGGAACUGGAGCUAGAGCUGGAAGCAGAGGAGACCCCGGAGCCCGAGGCCGUCGAGUGAGCGCGGGCCGGACUCUGCCUCGCCGCCGGACGCCGCGCCGCACCCG